AGACAGAUCAGGCGCUGCUGCUGUGUUCGUGGCUACCCACCGUAGUUUUGCGGUCUCCAUCUAUCCCCUCGUUUUCCUUGGAUACCUAGCGGAUGCUACUAUAUCCACAGCAUACCAGCAUCUCUUCUCGAAAGUCCGCUUUCAAGUCGUCGGUAAUGAUUUUCGUCUGUCACUACAUCUGAACUGUCGGCAAUAAGCGGAAGCAAGAAGAGCGUUUGUUCCACUAGACAUCAUUCGAAUUCUUGAUGCUGUUGUUUUGGUUCUGAAGAAGGAAUGCCAGUACCAGACCAGACCUCAGACACAGACAAUUCCAAAAUGUUGAGCCCAGUCCUGAACGCCUCCAAUGGAGAUGGAUCUGAGACAGAGACCACCUCUGCCAUCUUAGCCUCUGUUAAAGAACAGGAGCUGCAAUUUGAGCGACUGACGAGAGAGUUGGAGGCUGAGAGACAGAUUGUUGCCACCCAGCUGGAGAGAUGCAAGUUGGGAUCUGAGACCGGAAGCAUGAGCAGCAUCAGUUCUGCCGAUGAGAAGUUUCGCUGGAACAACCAAGACAGACAAAAGGACAUAGAGGAAGAGCUCACCACAGGUCUGGAACUUGUGGAUUCCUGCAUCCGAUCUCUUCAAGAGUCUGGUAUUCUGGAUUCACAGGAAUUCAAUACAGGACCAGGCAGUCUCUCUCAGAGUGCUUUGCAGCUCAAUAAUCAAGAGGGCACCUUUCCCUAUCCAGUCAGUUACCAUAGCAACCACACCCUGGCCCUCGGCGACCUGUCGGCCACCCAGCCCCCUCGCAGUGGUCAGGUGGGAGGAGCCUUACAUAGCUAUAAUCAGGUGACAUCUAAUCACGCUGCCCAGCCGGCUGCCAGAGAGACAGCCUCCCGGGCCCAUUCUCGAGACUCCUUUGCCCAGGGUCAUGGCAGUGCAUUCCACAUGCCUGAUGCUCAGCCACCAGCCUCUGUAAACUAUUCCUGCUCAACUCUACCAGCCCAGCGAGUGAGUUCUCCCUUUUCCAUGCAGGCUUUGGGCUCCCCCUCCAAACUCCAGAGGCUGGGCUCAGCCGCCGACAUGCCCAGCUACGCUACUCUGGCGCGGGUGUCUUCGCCCAAGCAGUCCCCGAGCCGGUUGGCCAAGUCCUACAGCACCAGCUCUCCCAUCAACAUGGUAGGUGGAGGGUCGUCCGCUUCACCUCUGCACAUGGCUGCCGGAGCGGGCAAUGUCUCCACAUCAUCUCCGUUACACCAGAUCAGCGCUGCUGUAGGAAGCUACGCCACUCUGUCUCCAAAGCGUAUGCUCCACUCCAACGAUCAGUACAAGAUCUCUCAUGAUCUGUAUGCCAAUGCCACUCUCCAGAGGCCUGGCAGUCUGGCAGGGUCCAGAGGUUCAUACAGCAGUCAGCACAGUCACCUGGGCUCAGAGCUUAGACCCCUGCAGUCGCCUGAGCACCACAUCGACCCUAUUUAUGAGGACAGAGUCUACCAGAAAGCUCCUUUGAGGAACUUUAACCAAGGCCAGGCCCCUUCCUCUCCUGGUGUUGACUCCAUACCCUUGCAGCGCACAGGAAGCCAGAAUGCAACAGGAACGUUCCCCCGUUCCGGCUAUGCCACUGGCCCUGGUGCCUCCACCGCAGACUACGCCAACCCCUACCGUACACUACAGUUCUGCCCCUCUACUGACUCCCCCUACAGUAAACCAGGGCCUGCUCUGCCCCCGGAGGCAACACUGGUCAGGUCUCCCUCCGUGGACAGCAUCCAGAAGGACCCCAGGGAGUUUGGCUGGAGGGAUCCUGAACUGCCUGAGGUCAUCCAAAUGCUGCAGCACCAGUUUCCAUCGGUACAGUCCAACGCUGCUGCCUACCUUCAGCAUUUGUGCUUUGGAGACAACAAGAUAAAAUCAGAGAUACGGAGGCAGGGAGGGAUACAGCUUCUGGUGGACUUGCUGGAUCACCGCAUGACUGACGUGCACAGGAGUGCCUGUGGUGCACUCAGGAACCUAGUUUAUGGCAAGGCCAAUGAUGACAACAAAAUCACCUUAAAGAACUGCGGUGGGAUCCCUGCGCUCGUGAGACUCCUGCACAAGGCUACAGACAUGGAGAUCAGAGAGCUGCUCACAGGUGUGCUGUGGAACUUGUCCUCAUGCGAUGCUCUGAAGAUGCCCAUAAUUCAGGAUGCUCUUGCAGUGCUGACCAACACAGUCAUUAUUCCUCACUCAGGCUGGGACACCUCCCCCCACCAGGACGACCGCAAGCUGCACAUGCAUUCCUCACAGGUGCUCCGCAAUGCAACUGGUUGCCUCAGGAAUGUGAGCUCAGCUGGAGAAGAGGCCCGCCGAAGGAUGAGAGAGUGUGAGGGGCUGACUGACGCUCUGCUCUAUGUCAUACAGACAGCCCUGGGCACCAGUGAUAUCGACAGCAAGACCAUCGAGAACUGUGUGUGUAUCCUGCGGAACCUGUCGUACAGGUUGGCGGCGGAGACAUCACAGGGACAGCAGAUGGGAUCAGAGGAGCUGGAUGGGGUUCUUUGCACCGAUGCCAGCGGGAAGGAUGCAGAGAGCUCCGGCUGCUGGGGAAAGAAGAAAAAGAAAAAGAAGAGCCACGAUCAGUGGGAUGGUGUUGGGCCUUUCCCAGACUCCAGUGACCCUCCUAAGGGACUGCAGAUGCUGUGGCACCCAUCCAUAGUGAAACCGUACCUCACUCUGCUGUCUGAGUGCUCUAACCCGGACACACUGGAGGGAGCGGCUGGGGCUCUACAGAACCUGGCAGCAGGUAGCUGGAAGUGGUCGGUGUAUAUUCGUGCAGCAGUACGAAAAGAGAAAGGAUUGCCCAUUCUGGUGGAGCUGCUGAGAAUAGACAAUGAUCGGGUAGUGUGUGCUGUGGCCACAGCUCUCCGAAACAUGGCCCUUGAUGUCCGGAACAAGGAGCUCAUUGGCAAGUAUGCCAUGAGGGAUCUGGUUCAUCGUCUACCAGGGGGAAACAAUAACAACAGCUCUGGCACCGGCAGCCCCAGCAAGAGCAUGUCUGAUGACACUAUCACGGCGAUCUGCUGCGCAUUGCAUGAGGUCAUCACCAAGAACAUGGAAAACACCAAGGCCCUUCGUGACGCCGGUGGCAUUGAGAAACUCAUCGGCAUUGCCCGCAGCAAAGGAGAUAAACACACACCAAAGGUGGUGAAAGCAGCAUCCCAAGUCCUCAACAGCAUGUGGCAGUACAGAGAUUUGCGAAGCCUCUAUAAGAAGGAUGGCUAUUCUCAGUAUCACUUUGUUGGCUCUUCAUCUACAAUCGAGAGGGACAGACAACGACCUUAUUCCUCCUCUCGCACUCCAUCUAUCUCUCCUGUACGGACCUCACCCAAUAAUCGAUCAGCAAGUGCCCCCACGUCCCCUCGAGACAUGUUGAGUUUGAAGGAGAGGAAGACAGACUAUGAGUCCAAUUCUGGUUACCAUGGAAACAAGGGCGAGCACACCUCCAGAAAAGAUGCCAUGGCAGCUCAGAUCUCCAGUGGAACAUCUACUCUGUUCCGAGGUGCUUACAUGUCUCCAGGUGAUGACAUUAAACAUAACCAGGUCUCAGCUCAAGGCAACCCUCCAGAGGCCUAUCCUCCCUUCCAGACCCCCCAGGAGCCAACUUUGAGGAGCCAUACUAUGAGGACCAAGCGCAUAAAUGCCCCCCACCCCCCACCGAUGGCACCAUGCACCUGGGACUGAAGUCCACAGGGAACUAUGUGGACUUUUAUUCAGCGUCACGCCCUUACAGUGAACUCAACUACGAGACGAGCCACUACCCUGCCUCGCCGGACUCCUGGGUGUAGUAACAUAAAAGCAGGCUGGAGGCUGAUCUAUGAACACAAUACACAAGACCAGCCCGGCAUGUGCAUGAACUCCAGUAGACAUCUCACACAUGUAUACCUUCAGUUUGGUUCAGUGCUCGCACCACUGCUGGCUGCCACUCAGCCUGUGAGCAAAGUUAAAAAAGUGCUAAAAGAAGAGGAGGUUUUAGGGAAUGGAUUUCCAAGAGGGUCAAUUAAUGUUUUUAACUGAAUGGACCACUAGACCUUUGAUGUUUUUUUCAAAGCAGUGGAGAGAAUCGAAAUGAAAAACGGAUGUAAAUGGGAAAGCAGUAAAUAUGUGGCACAGAGAUGGGAUGUUUAUGUGAAGCACAAGAAAACAAAAUUCAACAUAAGCAAAGGAAGUAAUUUUCACACAAUUUAUUACAUUUCUUUACAUUAAACCAUGCUUUUUAUGGAGUGAUCUCUCACAAUCUUAGCCUUUAUAUCUUUUUCUUUCAUGUUUUUUAUUUUAUUAUUAUUUGCUUGUUUUUUGUACCUCCUUUUUAACUUCUUUGGUGUAAAGUACUUGUAUAUUACAGAUGUAGAUACAAGGUGCAUUGUGUAUAUUACGCAAAGACACAGUAGUGUCCUCCCCCGUGGCUCAUUAUGUCAUUUUAUUUUCCUGUAUUUUAAAAGCGAAAGGAAAAUACACUCACUCAACUCCAGCAUUCUCUUCUAUGUAUGUGUAAGAUAUGCAGCAGAAUGGAUAUAAUUCAAAUGUUUAGUGUGCACUUAUGUGAUUUUUUAUUUUUUUUUCUUACAAAUAACUGAUGACAGAGCAUCACUGCCUGGACAGAGUUUAACGCCAACAAUAAGAACACAUUCAGGCCUGUUUGUCCAUUUUUCUCUACUCUGCAGAUUUAGACAACCCCUUAUUCUAUAAGCAAUUGGGUGAUCUGUUCUUAGUUUUGUCAAAUGUGCCAAAUGUGGUAAUCUCUGAUCUGGGAUGCUGUAGAGCUGCCGUUGAAGUUACAUUUAAUGACAAGUCAUCGGUUGUCAUAUCACACGGCCCAUUUGUAAAUGCAUUUUUUUUUUUUUAUGUGUUUCAACAGCAUUCCCACUGAAGUGGAGGGACAUGAUCUUUGAGAGCUACUUUCCCUCCAAAGAUGUACAUUUCGUUUAUGCUGUGUUGUAACAAAGGCAUUUGCAAAAUCAGCUUUUUUUUCUUCCAGAAAUCAGUGGUUCUUAAGCUCAUCGUUGACAAAUCUGUCAAAAGAGUAUGGAUAUAUAUUAUAUAAAUACAAAUCUAUAUAAACUUGUAUGUGCUGAUGUCACCUAAUACAGAAACAUUGCAAGGAAAAUUGCUAGUUAAAAAAAGCAUAGGAUUUGUUCAAUUUCCAAUCCAAAUGUUGACCUCCUGUUGUCAUAUUAUUGCUAUGUAAAAAAACAAAAAAAGAGACCAGGGCUCAGGGCACACAGAGGACAGAUGUGAUAAUGCUUCUAUCGUUGACUUGAAAAGGUGCUAAAAGUACAGUAUGCUCACUUUAACGCCUUUUGGUGUUGCUACAUGUACCUUAUAUUAAAGCAGCUUGAAUGUGUCUCAUCCUUAGUGAAAUCCCAUAAUGUCUUUGAUCCCUGUAAAGCAUAUAGAUGCACCUAAAAACAAAAUUGUUGUUGUUUCUGUUCUGUUGUAUAUCUCAUUUUACUUUUGCUUGGCUGGAGAAGGAGGGUGAAAACUCUAUAGUGAACAGAACCAAAAGGAUAACAGAGAAGAAUCGCUAUAAUUUUUAUGUGAUUUAAAAUGUUGAUGAUAAUGUCAUGAUAACAAGCCCUGGUCUUCCCUUCAUAUCAUUUUAAAAUUAGAGAUGAUCGUUUGUUGCAAGGAUUCAGGAUCUAACCCCCAAACUCGCAUAUCUUUCUGCACCAUUGAUAGUGAAACGUCUGAGGAUAAGCUUAAUAUCUGUGAAAAAGUAGACAUAUCAGACAACUUGUAUUAAAGAUGUAAGUAAAACUUUUUUCUGUUGCUAGACAGUGUUUGAGAGAAUUGUGAACCUUUUUAAUGCCAGGUUGCAACUGCUAUAUAAACUAA